AUGACUGCUAGUCUCGAUAUUCCAAUUCCACUUCCAGGCGGUACUCACAAUAUUGAUGCUGCUUUCACGUUCGCGGCCUGCGCAAAUAGGAUUUCUUCCCCCCCCCCCUCUUCCCCUUUGCGCUCCAUUGCACUCUUACUUUCGUUUGUUGUGCGUCCAUGGUCCCACCCUACAAUUAUUGGUUCAGGCAUGGCAGUCCUAUCUCGUAUGCAGUGGGUUGACCGGAGACCCGUUAUUUGCGAAUUGGCCCCACACCUCGCUCCAAUCCAGUUCCUACGAACCACACUCCAAUGGAACGCAUCAAACCAAUGCCUCCAUCUCAUUGUCGACAAAUUCUCCAACUCGCCGCGCGUUGACUGCUUGGUAGGCAUUCGAACGGAAGCGACAGAGCCACCAGAAACCGCCUUAAAAUACUAUGCAGACAUCCUUGAAACGGUAUCCGCCAAUAACGUAGAGAAGGCUGUGAAUGAACUCGUGCACGCUCGUCGCCAUCAUCUUCAAUCGUGUCCGCCACAAUCACCUCUGAUCUUUCGCCUACUUCGUUCUGCGGAGUUUGCUGUCUCUCGUUCGCGCGUGAUGUGGCAAUCCGUUGUGGUACAAUAG